GGCGAGACAGAAUGCUCCAUGGGCUUCAUUGUUUCUGGAAUAUAAACAUUGAGAGCAGCUGCACCACUGGACCUCUCUGACCCGCAUCGCCAGUUUCCUGAACAGGCAUGGACACACCCUCCCAAACACACACAAGCCCACGGAGAUGUGAGUAAGGUCAGCAGAUCUAUUUUUGGAAGUAGCGCUUAAUCGCUCUGCUUCAGAGUGCCUCUAUAAAGCCCGGAUACACACUCUGCUCCAGUCAUACUCAACUGAGCGGACUACAUCACUCUGCUUCAUGUCCACUCUACAACUCAAGCAACAAAGCAUGAAACGCACACGGCUGUUGCUUUCCUUGCCUCUCUUACCCACCAUUACUGAGACCCUGGAGGACUUGCCUGUCCACCCCUCCUCCUCACAGCCUGCCCAGAGCUCAGCGUCUCUGGACGACUACAUGACGAGCAUCCAGGCUCUUGCCCGAUCUGAAGAGGCCCCGAGCUGCGGCCCUGUCAGACUCCAGAGGGCCCCCAGGCUGCGGCCGUUCUCUAAGGCUCAGAUGAAGCUCUCUGUCUCAGCCUCACUUCCUCUCGGCUCUCCCCGCUCACUAAGGACUUCUAGACUUUGCAGUCUGAGUCUCAACAGCACAGAGGAUUUCUCUCUCAUGAUGGGCAGAGAAAAAGACUGCCGGGGCAAAGAUCCAGUAGACUGGCUGUUUGGACAGAUAAGGACUUGAAGGGAGACAAGGUUGUUGUUGUGGAAAAGCCCAAAAGCACUUGUUGGAAUAUAUCAUAAUCAAACAACGUUGGAGAACCUGCUCUGUUUAUGAAGAUCAAAACAGCUCAAUGGCUGAUGGGACUUAUUAUGACGAACAAAGACAGAAUCACCAAAUGGCUCCAGAGAGAAGACAUAUGUAUAUGCACUGAGGACUGAAGUCUACAUGUUUACAUUUUUUUAAGAUAUAGUUUGUAAUAAAAUACUCAAAUACUCAAAUACUCAUGAAGAUGUUAU